UUACUGCUCAUCAAGAUUUAAAGAUGGCUGAGAAUGGCGAAGAAGCUCAAGAAAAUCGUCCAGUUCCCCGUUUGAAUGAAAGAAUUCUUUCUUCUUUGUCAAGGAGAUCAGUAGCUGCCCAUCCUUGGCAUGAUCUUGAAAUUGGACCGGAGGCUCCUCAGAUUUUCAACUGUGUUGUGGAGAUCACUAAAGGAAGCAAGGUCAAGUAUGAACUUGACAAAAAGACUGGAUUAAUUAAGGUUGAUCGGAUUCUGUAUUCAUCUGUUGUUUAUCCUCAUAACUACGGUUUUAUCCCUCGCACACUGUGUGAAGACAAUGAUCCAAUGGAUGUCUUGGUCCUCAUGCAGGAACCAGUACUUCCUGGUUGUUUCCUGCGAGCCAGGGCCAUUGGAAUCAUGCCCAUGAUUGACCAGGGAGAGAAAGAUGAUAAAAUUAUUGCAGUGUGCGCUGAUGACCCAGAAUAUAAACACUUUACAGACUAUAAAGAACUUGCACCUCACCGCAUCUCUGAGAUCCGACGCUUCUUUGAAGACUACAAAAAGAAUGAGCACAAGGAAGUAGCAGUUAAUGACUUUCUACCUGCAAGCGUUGCUGUUGAUGCCAUCCAAUACUCAAUGGAUCUCUAUGCAGAGUAUAUUCUGCACACCUUGAGGCGAUAGACAAAUAUGUUAUUCUACGUUCUCCAUCAACUAUCGGAAUAAGCCAUAUUAUACUGUAUUUUAAUAUAUCUUAAUUAAAACCUGUCUAUACCUUUUAGUUUUCGUAUUU